AUGUGGACGCCCGGCAAAAUGUCGCCCACCACCGACGCGCUGCUGCUGGGGCGUGUGGGGAGCGACGGCGUUGAGGACGUCGCCUCCGCCUCGACGUCGACGCCCUGCCUGAAGCACCUCGGCGGGGACGCGCUGCAGGGCGGUGCGGAGCAGCGCAGGUUCGCCGGGUUAACCUCAAGCUGCGCCAGUGAGAAGCUGCUGCUGGGGCCACAGGGCGGCGGCACAAGCAGCAGCUUCACCAUAGGCAUGGGGACGCGGGAGAAGAAGCGGCCCCCCUCGCUCUUCUCCACACCCGCCUCCUCCAUGCCGCAGACGCAGCGUGAGAUGCCGAUGGGGUGGCAGGCACCCGCAAUGCCGGCGCCGCCGCUAACGCCUUCGCAGCAGCAGCACGAAAGGGAGCUGGCAUUGACGCCAGGCGGCGGCGCGAUGGAGGGCGAUGUGCACCAGGUGCGAAGCUCUAGCCUGCCGUCGCCGCAGUCGGGAGGCAGACUCACCCGUGCGCACUCCGUCGGGGCGAGUUGGCUGGAGCAGCUGAACUGGACUUGCCCAGAGAAGGCGCCGCUGCUCUCCUUGUCGGAGGACAGACGCGUGUUGCUGGCGGGGCCCUUUCGCGUCUCCGGUGAGGGAUGUCUUACCAUGCAGAAUGUACUGCUGCUGAACUCCAGGAAUUGGAAGAGUGGCGAGAGUCAGGCCGCGGAACGGGGAGCCAAAAAUUUGCUGCUGCUCCCAGGAAAAAUGCUCUUCCCUGCGGAGCCGGAGGCCAACAACUCCUUUACCCUCCUUUCCGCCAGCGUUGACACACCGUACAGCCCCAUCACGUACUCCCUGGACACCAACCCAACGGCCGCCCAAAACGUCUCCAACCCUGCGAGCAGAACGCGAUUUCAAGACAAGGGGUUUGCGAUUCCACCUCCGCUUCCCACAGGCAGUGAGGCGCUCCGUGGAAGCGAAGAGGCGGAUAGCGUGGAGUUCUCCUCAACACGCGGCUCGGACAACGCCUCGGCGAUAAGUUUUCUGUCGCACGCGGAGAUGUCUUUAAGGACUGAGCUCCCGGCCCCGUUGCCGCCCAACGCGGUGAGGUACGGGGACCUGAAGAUCAUGUCGCAAAUUGGGCAGGGGGCGUCGGCGACCAUUUUUCUGGCGAAGCACCUCCCCACGGGGCGACGAUUGGCUGUCAAGCGCAUUGACCUCUCGCCCUUAUUUCUUGCCUGGAACACGUCGGGGGGAAUAAAUACGCAGCGCCUGGCAUCCACCGCCCACCUGCGUCAGCUGCAGCUCAUCGGGGUGCGAGAGCUGCAGGUGCUGCAUCUGGCGUACCGGAGCCCGUUUAUGGUAAAAGUGUACAACGCCUUCUACGCCGCGGAACCCAUGGCGCUUGACCUCGUGAUGGAGUACAUGCACUACGGUGGCCUGGACCACCUGCACAAAAUAUUGUGUGGGGGGAUGCAAAAAAAUGGUGCGCCUGGGGAAGAUGCGGCGCGGGGUGAUCGGGGCAACGCGGGAGGAAUCAAGGAGGUGCCGGAGCGCCUGGUGGCGGUGGUGGGCGAGCAACUUCUGCGCGGCGUGCAGCACAUGCAUGAACGCGGGUACAUUCACAGGGACAUCAAACCCGGCAACGUCCUCGUCAACCGUCACGGUAUUGUGAAGCUGAGCGACUUUGGACUCUCCCAGCGCUGCGCCGCAAGCGCCGACAGGGCUGGCGACAAGGCCGCCGCAGCGCAGCUUUUCUGCGGCACACCCACCAGGGAGAUGUUCUCACCUCUCCGGGAGCCCCUCUCCUUAGGCAGCCUCACCAACUCCUCCGACAAUGUCCACUGCUCCGGCACAAACAAGUACAUGAGCCCGGAGCGACAGCGUGGAGAACCGCAUGGGAAGCCGAGCGACAUUUGGGCAGUCGGGAUGACACUGGCAGAGUUCGCCGUUGGCCAGUACCCCGUCAACUUAACCGACUGCGAGGAUGCCUUUGAGCGUGCGUUCCGCAUAGCGGCCCCGUUAGACCUGCAGAAGUACCCGCGGUCCUCCCCGCUGAGUGAGGAGUUCAUUGACUUUAUCCGCAUUAGUAGGCUGCCCGUGGCGGCCGAGCGCCCCACCGCCGGUGAGCUGCUUGAGCACCCCUUUUUCCGCCAGUGGAGGGGCGAGCCGUUCUCCAUCGAGCGCUACCUGCGUGAGAACAUCGCGGAGUAG